CUUGCAAGGCUGGUGACGUUUAAGGGAGCCCGCGAAAAGCCUUUAUAAGGUGACAACAUUUUUUGGAGAAGUCACAGAACGCCUUUGGGUGUCAAAAAGAAACGCAAUUGUGGAUUAUCUGAGAAUCAUGAAAUUCCUUUUGGUUUUAGCCAUCCUGUCGCUGGGACAAGCCGCUGAGUUGCCCCAGACCACGGAGACCGCAACUACAGCCGUGACAGAGAAACCCCAGCUGCCCAUUCACAUCCAGAACCUGAUAACCAGCCACAUCAAUCAUGUGCUCCAGCAUAUAAAGAACAAACCCCAGGACUCGAACACACUGAGUGGGCCCGUGGACUGGAACGGGAGUGGGAGUGGGAGUAAGAGUGGGACGCCAGUGGUCAAGCCCCAUCCAGAUCUCCUUCCACCACUGGCACACGCUGGUGAUGUCCUUGCCACUCCCCCUGCCGACUCACCAGCGCCUUCACCUGCGCUGCAAUCUGGCCUACAGCCGGUGCAAGCUGGCCAUCCACAGGUGAAGAUUACCAAUCACCAGGCCACCGGCACGCUAAUCCAUCAAGGACGACCAGUGGUUCAGAAUAAGGUGGUGAUGCGACCGGUGGACCAAGUGGUGCUCUCACAUCCUGCUCAAGAGCCCAUCAAUGUGGCCGAAAAGCUGAACAAGCUGCAACAGCAUGUGACCAAGGUGAUGCAACAGGCUGAGAAGCACAUUCCCUUGGCUGUCAACCAGGCCAUCAAGCAGAGAAAGGAGCAGGAGGCGCAAAAACUGAAGGAACAGGACAAAAACAAGGAGGACAAAGAUGAUCACAAGGAUCCAGAGCCCACUGAAGCCAAAAUAGGCCGUGCCCUGGUAAUUCCCGAUAAAGUCUCCAGCAUUGACAACCAAGUGCAUGCCCACAUCCCCCAACUGAUUGCCCAGCAUCGCGAGGAAAUGGAGCUGGGAAAAUGCAAUUUCCAGUGCCCCAAGGCAGCUCUAUCUAUCUGCGCCAGCAAUGGCAAGUGUGUGGUCAAAUUUCCAGGACAGUGUGAGCUGAGUCAGUGGAACUGCUUCAACACCAAGAAUGGUAAUGCCUAUUUGACAGCUCCAAAGGGUCUAAAGGUAAUAACAAAAAACUAUUUUUUUCUUGCAGUUUUCCAUCAGGUUCACGAUGCCGAGUGCCAAAACACCAUUACUUGCUAUAAGAGGGAUAUGAUGUAGGCGAUUCCACAGGGAGUCUGAGCAAUAUUCCAACGAAUUUACAUAACAUUUCCUGAAAAUUGUGUACUAACUUAAAUUUAAUUCGAAAUAAAGCUAAUUAUAAAUACGAUAAAAUUUGAUUUAAUUAUUU